UAUAUCAUCAUCGAACAAUUACAAAAUAUCAUCCAUUGUAGCCAAGCGAAUGCGGCUGAGCGAGUAUGCGCGAUCGAGCGGUCGCCACAGCAACGGCGUUGUCAACAAACGUAACCUAACCUGUCCGUCUCGUUUUUGCUUGACGGCUCCGGGUUAUCGCUUCGACAGAAUGUAAGUAAGGAAUCGACGUCGUGUGGACACACCACUGCACUCACGAUGCGUUGAAAUGAACGGGGAAACCGCGCAAACCGACGACGGAUUCUUGCACUUCGCGCAAUGAUGUAAAUCGCAACACUUUCCAGUCGAACAAUGUGAAGUUGUUUUGCAGCAUCUCUACACACUGGGUCACAACGCUUCUGAAUUAAUUUUUAUUACUUUUACACAGGGAUAUAAUAAAAAAUUCAAGUAAAGCAGACUGCAAAAUACAGGACAGGGACCAGAAUGGAUGAAAUGGAGUAUGUGGCUCUAAUCGAGUGGUACUGUCGACAGCAUUAUUACAAUGGCAUGCUGACUCAAGCAAAGCAGGCGCACGACGCCUACCCGAACAGCGAGCGGCUGCAGCUCCUGGUCUGCCUAGCGUACGUUCUCGUAGGCAAGGGCCACGAGGCCAUCAAGGAAAGCUCCAAUUUGCUCAACUACGCGGACUACGCGCUGCCGGUGUUGCUCGUGCAAAACGUUGUUCUAGUCGACAGCGACGCGGAGAGAAGCGCUGUCACCCAGCUAGAGAACAGGAUCCGGGACGAGCGCCGAAAGGCGUCUUGUCUUGGGCUAUGUCUAGCGGCGUCCGUGCUACUGCUCUCUCGUCGAGCGGACAGGGCGAAGGAGUAUGUAGACCGAGCGUACAAAUUGAAACCCAGCAAUGCCGACGUGUUACUUGUCAAGGGCUGGCUAGGGCUCAGUUUAAAAUCAGGCGCGUACGGCACCGGCCCUGAAGUGGAGAACACCUUUGAUUUGGUUUUAAGGGAGGAGUCGAGGAAUCUGAGCGCGCUAUUAGGUUCUGCAGAGAUAAAGCGACGCGCCGGUGACUAUCCAGGGGCCAUUACGAUAUUGAACUCUUUGAUUGUACGCUACCCGAAGCAGCCGCUGCCGCUGGUGGAAAAAAUGCGCUGCUUGAUGGCGGCGAAGGAUUGGGAGCAGGUGCUGGAGAUGGUGAAUCGAGUGCUCUCGCUCGAGUCGAACAACCUGGACGCCAUCAAGGCGAGCUCGGUGGUGGCUCUGUGCAGGGACGGCAAUCCCGGCGAGGGUCUGCCGCAGCUGCAGCUCUUCUUGCGUCACUCGCUGCUCGCCGAGCCGAGGAACGUGUUUCUGCUGCUCGGGAACCUGCGACUAUUCGCCGGCAUCGCGUUCCAGGACCACGGAAUUCUGCUGGAGUUGGCGCGUACGGCCGAGAAGAUGUUACAGGCGGCAUCGUCGGGUAGCAGCAGCGCGGAGCUGAUGGCGGAAUUAGGCGAUCUGUACGUCACGCUGGGCAACAUUAAGGACGCCGAGCGUUGGUACAAGAACACUAUCCGCGCGGACCCAUCCUCCUUCGCGGCGCUCCUGGGACUGGCGCGUUGCCAAUUGCUACAGGGAUCCUCGGAGGAUCUGGAUCAAGCGCGGCAACAGGUAGAAAUCAUGAUGGAGAUACAGCCACAUUCGACAAAUGUGCAGCUUUUGUUCAUGUCCGCGAAGAUUGCUUCUCAUGAAAACAGCAUUAAGGCACUUGGUUAUCUAGACGCAGCGGCGAAUAUCUUGUUGAAAAACUGCGAGGGUCUUCCCUACGGCUACGAAUAUCUCGGAGAGCUUAAACCGGAUCUAUGCCUUGAGAUUGCGAAGCAACGUUUGAUGCAUUCCUUGAACAAGUCCCCGAUGAACGACGAGCUGGGUAGCGCAAUGGAAAAGGAACCAAGCAUCCGUUUGUUGGAAUGCCUUGUAGAAGCCUGUCCAGGCGCCAGCGUGGCCAUAUUACUGCUCAGCAAGGCCAAAAUGCAGAGUGGCGAUUAUGAAGGUGCGUUGAUUCUGCUCAGGAAAUUGCUGGACACAGUAGAACCGUCCAAUGCACAGGCCCAUCUUAUAAUGGCUCAGAUUCUGGCGCAUCAGGGCAGGUACCAGCUCGCCUCGCAGAGUCUGGAAGUCGGUCUAAGUUACAACUUCAAGAUCCGAGACGAGCCUGUUUAUCAUAUGAUCGUCGGAAUGGUGCAACGAGAGGCUGGCGAUCUGCAGAAUUGCGUCAAGAGCUGCCAGACGGCUAUGUCGCUGGCCAGACUGACCGGCGGCAACGCCAAAAGAAAGUCCGAUAUGUCCACGUCGGAUCGAGCGACGUUGUAUCUAGAGCUGAUUGCUGCAUACAGCAAGGCGAAGCGAUUCGCAGAGGCACUGGCUCUCGUCGAUGAGGCGAAAACGAAUCUCGCCGGCACCACUGAGCUCGGAAGAAUCACCAUCGGCACUGCCGAGAUUUACCUGGACCUAGGCGAGUUAGAAAAUGCUAUCAGUUGCUUACGGAGCAUCCGUCCGGGGCAGCCGUACUAUUUGCAGGCGCACACCAAAUUGGCUGAAAUCAAUUUGAAUCACAAAAAGGAUCGUCAGGCGUUUGCGAAGUGUUUUAGAGAAUUGGUGGAACAUUGUCCCGGCCCAAAGACAUACAGCAUGUUGGGUAACGCUUACAUGUCCAUCCAGGAGCCUGAGAGAGCGAUAGAAGCAUACGAGCAAGCUCUCUCGCAGAAUCCGAUUAAUAAGGCAGAUAUCGCGAAUAAAAUGGGCAGAGCGCUUGUCAAAGCGCAUCAGUAUACGAAAGCGAUCAGUUAUUACAAAGACAUAGUGAAGCAGGACAAUUGCGGCGCUCUAAAAUUAGAUCUGGCCAAAUUGUAUAUGAAGAUGAAGCAACACGACAAGGCAGAAGCUACUUUGGUGCAAGAGCUGCAAGACAAGCGGGGCGAGUCUGACAUCCUGAGCUUGGAGAUGCGAGGCCAGGAGUUGCUGUUGCUCGCCAAGGUGCGCGAGAAGUCAGGCAACAUUAAAGGCGCGCUGGCCACCUUGAGGGAAGCCAAGGAGAACCAACACAGGUACAUCCAGCGUCUUGCCGUCUCACCAGAUGUCGCAGAUCAGAAACACAUGUUGGCGAACAUUUGUUUGACGAUGGCCGACUAUGCGUCGACAUUGCGCAAUUAUGAGGAAGCGAUUGUGUAUUACAAGGAAGCGUUGACUCAUAAACCUACCGAUGUGAAUGCUCUGCUUUCCUUGGCGAAGUUGUAUAUGCAGAUGAACAACUUGGACCGGUGCGCACAGAAUUGUUCCAUUUUGCUGAACGCCGAUCCCAACAACGAGGCCGCGUCCGUGAUGAUGGCAGACCUCGCGUUUCGCAAGGUAGAUUUCGACACCGCGGCGUUUCACUUUCGACAAUUGCUGCUACGCCAACCCACCUAUUGGACCGCCCUGGCGAGAUUGAUAGAAGUGUCGCGUAGAACAGGUGCUAUGGAUGACCUCGACGAGUGGUUGCAACGCGCGCAGGUCGCGAUGGGUAUCGGCAACGUCGAAGCCGGCUACUAUUACUGCGCCGGGUUGUUGGACUGGCGGACGGGUAAACUGAACUCGGCUCUUCGUAACUUCAACUUCGCACGGCGCGAUCCGGAAUGGGGCCAGCAAGCGAUCUACAACAUGAUCGAGAUCUGUCUGGAUCCGGACGACGACACCACUCUGUCGAACGAGGCUUUCAACGACGAGGACCUCGAAUAUCAGGACUCAAGGACGAUGGCUUUGAGGACUGCUUAUCGAUUGCUUCAAGAAUUGAAUCCCAAAGGCAGUCCCCAUGAAGAACUGACUCACAAGCUCCUGAGCAACUUUUUCCUGUUGGCUACUAAGCAGAAGUCCAACAUCGAGAAAGCCUUGCAGGACUGUACUGCGUUAGCCAGUCAGGAGACCCUCAGAGACCACGUAGGACCCGCUCUCGGUAUGGCUACCGCGCACAUUCUGCUGAAGCAAACGCCGCGCGCCCGAAAUCAUCUGAAGCGCGUUAGCAAGAACGUCUGGACGUUUGAGGAUGCUGAAUAUUUGGAACGCUGCUGGCUCCUACUGGCAGACAUUUACGUGCAAUCCAGCAAGUACGAACUGGCAAAUGAGCUGCUGAAGCGAGUGCUACAGCACAACGCUACCUGCGUACGGGCUCACGAGCUUUCAGGCUACAUCGCUGAGAAGGAUCAAAAUUAUCGCGAUGCAGCGGCCAGAUACGCUCAAGCCUGGAAGUGCGGCGGUAAAAUGAAACUAACGAUCGGCUACAAGCUUGCUUACUGCUGCUUGAAAGCGAAGGCCUACGCUGACGCGAUCGAUGCGUGCAACGAGGUGCUAAAGCAGAACACGGAUUUUCCGAGGAUUAGGAAAGACAUCUUGGAGAAGUGUAUUAAUAAUCUUCGCACGUGAAGAGCACCCGUAUUCGUUCAGCUUGUAUUGAUCGACCGUUUACUUGUUAUGUUACACAUUGUACACAUAUCCGUCCGUUCUUAACGUUAUCGAUAAAGAUAUUAUAUAUCAAUUUAGAACGAAUAAAUAUUUAGAUAAUUAUUCAA